AUGGCCGCCCCCUCUCUGUCCACCAUUGACCCGACCAAGCAGGCUGAAUACCCCAUCGUGCUGGGUGAAAGGCUAGCCAACGGAGACUCGACUCGCCUGAUCAACGUCAAUUACAAUUACAAGACCAAGUCCGCGACGCCGCAGCAACGUUCGACCAUCUCUCGUUCCGCCCGAUCCAGCGAUCUCUACGACCUCUCAGUUACCGAUAAGGCCCCCAGCGCCGAUCAUACGUUGACGUAUUCAUACAAGGGCAGCGAAGACCCGGCGGCAGAGCGCAAUCUGGUUCUGGUGUUUGAUCCCGACCGGAAAGUCUUUGUCCUCGAGCCCGUGUCGACCAAGUUGAACUUCAAUCUGCGGUCGGCGCCGGGCAAGACGGAGAAGCAGGUCCUGGAGCAAUACGAGCAGCUACGGAUAGCCGAGGGGGAGGAACCCACAUCGGGGGAUGAUCGCAACACAGUUAGCACCAGCGAGGAUGAGGGUCCGGCCGAUGAGAGCAACCCUUACGACUUCCGGCACUUCCUCCCCAAGAAGGGUGCGGUGAAUGUCAAGCCGGCCUCGGGCUACUCGACGCCGGAGCUAGUCAACACAAGCCGGGUCAACACACCCCUCAUGCCGGCGACGAAAUCUGCCGCCAAACCCCUGCCUCGACCGAAGAAACAGGCGAAUCCGCUCCGAGAGACGAAACGUCCGGCAAAGCCACCGGCGAGCGCCAAAGCACCAAGACAGGCCGAGCCGCCCGCUCAGCAACCGACUCGCGCAGACCUACCCGAAACUGCGGCACUGCGCGAUUCUGUUUCAGAUGCUGGUACGGGGACAGCAUCCCAACAAAGUGCACAGUCUCCCAACUCGAAUAUCAUCGUUGAUGGAGACCUGAUCAUCGACAUGGGCUCACCGCCACCGACCCGAGCCUUCAAAGUCGAUCCAUCAUAUUUCUCGUCCAACAAUACACCGACUGAUGGCCUAAAGGAUGACGGAGACGGAGAUGAGGAAAUGGGAGAUUUCCGACUGCCGUCCCCAGCAGGAAAUACCAAGCCUACGUCGGCGCCUACCGAAACGGCUCCAGGUGGUGAUGAUAUGGACGACGAAGAUUUACUCGCAGCAGAGAUGGAGGCAGCAUUUGAAGAAAGUGCUCGCGAAGAAGAAGCGCGUAGCCAGCAAUACGGUCACGCUUCAUCCGGGCGGUACAAUGUACCCAGUGACGAUGAGAGUGAAGUCAGCGAGGAGGAGUGA